AUGUGGGAGAUGUUGCCACCGUUGCUCUCAUUCCUCAUCGAUCAUCCCACAUUUACCUCCGUCCUCGACUUCGCGCGCUCUCUCUCACAGCGCGGUGUGCCAUUCCACAGUUAUUCGCCAAGCCUCUACGAGCUCGACGUCUCUCUCACCUACGCCCAGACCGGCUUCCCGACACUCAUCCACUGCGCUCCGAAAGCUUCAGCUGUGCGCACGUUCAAGCAUGCAUCUCGCGUGUCGGGGCUUCAAGGCUCGUGGUGCAAGUUCUCCAAGUCCGACAUGCUGGAGAGCCUUUCGAAGGAACCUCGGGCGAACAUGAAGGCAGGGGCGAAGCACGCAGACCCGUUGCGGAGGGUGCCGCAGGACGCGAUCGACCUGUUGUGCAGACGCCCAGCGCCAACUGGGACCGGGACCUGGCUGGACGACCGCGAGGCUCUGACGGACUCUGAUGCCGCUGUGGUCAUUGACGCGCUGCCGGGCUCCGACACGUCCGCUCGCGUGAAAGCCCGGGACCUAGCGGGUGCCCCGGCGAGCCUACACACCGCGAAGGAGCCCUCUCCCGGACAGCAUGACGAGGAUGCUGGGUCACUCCACGUCACGUCAUCUCUUCCGUGCUGCCGCCAGAUAAUUGGGCGGCACGCCCACGCUCUCUCUGCGUGGAUAGUGCUCGAUGAGGCGCCGGAGGCGCGGCUUGGGCUGUCGUUGAGCAUAGCGCUAGUUACCGUGGGUUCGAAGACAAACUGGUUCAGCCCACCCGUGCACGGCGACAACGGUAGCCACGAGCAAAAAAAAGACCUAGGCAUGCCACACGAGAGCAUGUCGACAGACAAUUAUUUACCAAGAGCGCGACGCAUCACUCAACGUGAUCUCGGUACUCCCACCCCUGCUUCCAGGGCGACUCAGCCUUCGCGCGCAAAAGACAGCCGGAGGCCCAGGAAGCGUCUCGACGCGGAUCCUCAUUUUCGAAACCCGUUGCCCUCUUUCGUCCGGCUGCGCGCCACUAAUACUUGUCGCAAGAGGCCUCUUCUGGGCUCUGUGGAUGCUUUGAAGCUCGAGGAGGGCGCGAAGGGGAACUUGGAGGACUAUCCAGCCGAACCCCCGACAUCCCCCUACCCCACGCCUCUCCUCAUCGCCCACAUUGGAUACCAAGGCGUCGUGCACGAAGACGCCGAGUGCGCUCCCGCGCGCGGCCCGGGUGCCCUCGAUAUCCCUCUCAUCCGCGGCAGCGCCGUCUCGCGCUCGCGCUCGAGCAAGUCACAGGGCGAACGACCGUGCGUCGUCACAUAA